CCUACCAACUGCGCCCCCUUUCCCAAAUGCCCAAACCGUGAGCCUCUCCGUCGAGGCGGGCGGCGGCCAACACCAGCCCUCCAUCCCGGUUCCGGCCUCCCCGCUCCAACCCCGAGCCGCGUCGAACGAGCGAGGCAGCCACCGGUGGCGAGGUGCGGCGGGCGAAUCUUGCGGCCAAACCGUCCGUCUCGCCAGCCGCCGGCCAUGGAGAAGAAGGAGGCCCCGCGGGCCACGCCCGGCAAGAGAGAGCCCGGCGGAAUCGCGGGGAAGCAGGCGCGCACCGGCGACUGCGGCGAGGCCGCGGAGGAUUUCAUCAGCAGGCUCCCCGACGCAGUCCUCUGCACCAUCAUCUCCCUCCUCCCCACCAAGGACGGCGGCCGCACGCAGGCCCUCUCCCGCCGGUGGCGCCGCCUGUGGCGCUCCGCGCCCCUCAACCUCGAGGUCCUCACCCGGCCCCCAGACGACCCCAUCCCCACCCACUCCGUCACCCCCUCCGCCGUCUCCGACAUAAUCUCCCGGCACCACGGCCCCGCCCGCCGGUUCUACUUCCACUGCCUCCGGGACGACGAGGUCUACGCCCAGGCGGAAACCUGGUUCCUCUCCCGGGCCCUCGCCAACCUCCAGGAGCUUGACGCCAGCUACGGCAACCUCCCGCUGCUGCCGUCGGCGCUCCGCGCGGCGCCCACCCUCCUCGUCGCCAAGAUCAGCCACUGUGAUCUCCCCGGCGAGAUUGUUCCCGACUUUCCCCUCCUCAAGCAGCUCACCCUACUGUACGUUUCCAUCUCAGCGGACGGCUUCCACACGCUGCUCUCUAGCUGCCAUGCCUUGGAGAGCUUAUGCAUGUCCCAAGUUCGUGCUGCCGGCUGCCUCCGUGUUAGCUCGCCGACUCUUAGGAGCAUUGGCUUCCGUGAUAACCAUAGUGAGGAAACAGAGCUGGUCAUAGAGGAUGCUCCUCGCCUUGUGAGGUUACUGUUACCUUACUGUUAUCAAGAUGAUUGUGUGACUAUCAGGGUGAUUUGGGCGCCUAAGCUGGAGAUAAUGGGCCCUUUUGCAGCAUUUGUCUCCAAGGUCCUACUCUUCCAGAGAAAAAGCCCAGUCAGCUCAGCAAACUCUAUGCACACCGUGAAAGUUUUGGCUCUCAGAUCUUCUGGAGAUAAAUUGCACGCAGUUCUUAACAUCCUCAGGUGGUUCCCCUGUUUGGAAAAGCUCUAUGUCACUUUUCAUAAACGCUAUGAGAUGGGUGCGAAAGAUGAGCCUCAAUAUGACCCACGGCAUCCAAUUGAAUGCCUACAGACCCAUCUCAAAAAUGUGGUGUUUAAGUUAUAUUGGGGCAAUGGGAAACAGGUUGACUUUGCCAGAUUCUUUGUUUUGAAUGCGGAAGUGCUAAACAAAAUUGAGUUUGAAGUACAUGGUGACUACAGCAGUGAAUCGGUUGCUUUUCAGCACAGGCUGCUACAUGUGAAAAACAGAGCUUCCCGAGAUGCUCAAUUUGAAUUCAGGAGUAUGCGUGUUCGUAACAAGUACCUUGGCGACGAGCAUAUCCAUGAUUUGUCAGUGGCCGACCCCUUCAGACAGCCAUAGACUGGGUUGAUGCAUGAAGAUUACACUGUCUUUGCUCAUUUUGUAGAUGGUGUUGAUGCCUGAAGAUUAUCAUUUGCAUAAUUCUGCUCUAUAUCUAGUCCAAAGUUCUCUGUAUUUAUGAAGUCAGCCCCUGUUAAAACUGCAAAAGAUGUUUUUGGACACAAACACAGUGCACUGAGGAAAAAUCAAACGGGGAGGGAUGCGGAAAAUUAAUCCCGUAAGUUGUAUCUGGAGGCAGCUGGUAAACGGUAAGCCCAUCUGCCAAAACUCCUCCUAUGGUCUUAUCCUGUGCGAUCAUGGCUUUGUUCUUGCUAUGCUGGGCUCGAAACACAUGCCUGUGUUGGAUACUCAAUUGUCUUUUCAGUUAUAUGCAGAAGCACUGAGAUGUUUGAUGCUUAGGAAAAGGUCACCUCUGGCUUAGGCCACUAUGAUUUUCUAGCUAGGAAGGGGAUGCUUCUGUAAUUUUCAAGGUGUUUUAUCAGAUAGAAAUUUUGUUAAUGAUCAGGAUGCUUCGGUUGCCUA